UUUCUCGAAACGUAUGUGUGAUUUUCCUAGGUGAUAGUGCGGUCCUUUUGAUGCUGGACGAUAAGCUGUAACUCUAUAACUAGGUAGGGACACUGCGAAGGCUGUCUGAGUGUAAGAACGCAAAAAAGGAUAUCCACUUGGCACGGAUGCGAUCAAGAUCUGAGUUCGGACCCAAAACAAACACGAGGGUCAGCGACCUCAAGCCGAGUCGGCAAGACGGACGCUGUGGUGCAAAGUUUACAGAGCGUUGCCACUACAUGCGCAAACCUUGUGUACAACGGAACCAAAAAACAGCAUCUUCUGACCAGGUGCAGCGGUCGAGAUGCCUCGAUGGUUCUGAUUGUAGCGAUU